CGCUGUUCUCAACAAUGUAGCACAUACAUUUGGCCUAAUGGACACAAUCAAGAAGGUUUUGGACAACAGAAGGAGCCAAGUAGAGCAGGGAGAAGAGCAAUUUCUCUAUACUCUAACAGAUUUAGAACGCCAGUUAGAAGAGCAGAAGAAGCAAGCUCAGGAUCACAGGCUGAAAUCACAGACAGUUCAAAAUGUGGUACUGAUGCCUGUGAGCACUCCUAAACCUCCAAAGAGGCCCCGGCUCCAGCGGCCAGCCUCCACCACCGUCCUGAGUCCUUCUCCUCCUGUCCAGCAGCCUCAGUUCACGGUCAUCUCACCCAUCACCAUCACCCCGGUGGGUCAAUCAUUUUCCAUGGGCAAUAUUCCAGUGGCCACCCUCAGCCAGGGCUCCAGUCCUGUGACUGUCCACACACUGCCUUCUGGGCCUCAGCUCUUCCGCUAUGCCACAGUGGUCUCCUCUGCCAAGAGCAGUUCACCAGACACAGUGACCAUUCACCCUUCGUCUAGCCUGGCCCUGCUAAGCUCCCCUGCUGUGCCGGAUGGGAGUACCCUGGGCAACAUGACCACCAUGGUAAGCCCUAUGGAGUUGGUGACCAUGGAGUCUGGCCUGACCUCAGCAAUCCAGGCUGUUGAAAGCACCUCAGAGGACGGGCAGACCAUCAUUGAGAUUGAUCCAGCCCCAGACCCAGAGGCUGAGGAUACUGAGGGCAAAGCCGUCAUUUUGGAGACAGAGCUGAGGACUGAGGAGAAAGUGGUGGCUGAGAUGGAAGAACACCAGCAUCAAGUCCACAAUGUGGAGAUUGUGGUCUUAGAGGAUUAACUGGGGAUCUUGGGGCCAGGAGAUAUGUUUUGGUUUGGAAUUUUAAUUAUUUGUUUAUUUUUAUCAUUGUCCUGCUCAUUUCCAUAUAGGGUCCCCCCCCUUUUUUUAAAAAAAAAAAAAGAAGCAAAAUCUCAUUGUUGUAACUGAAAUGUUGGGUCUCUCCCACCCCAUCAUUGAAAAAUGGACAAAAACAAGCUGCCCUACCGGAAGUUGAGAGUAGGUCACUCAAUGUCUUAACCCUUUUACACCAAGAAAGUUAUUUCUUUUAGGGGAGGCAUUAAGAUAACCAGAAAUCCCAUCCAGAAAGCUGUUUUCAGACUAGUCUGUGUGCGCAUGUUGUUUUAUUCUUGUAAAGAUGCAUUGACCAAACUCUGGAACACAUCUGACACUGGAAGGCAACCCAUUCACAUGUGGAUGCAGAAGGAUACUUUAUUUUGUAUCCUGGAAAGGGCCCUCAGAGGCCAGUACAAAACUCUGAAACAAAAGGAAAUUGAACUCUGCUUGGAGGGGAAGGUGGCAUACCAGCUUAAAAAGGGAAGUGCUUUGACCAGGAUGGGGCAGGAAAUUAUCUUCCAGAAGUGCAACUGAUGCCUCUUAAGAUCUCUGAGGGAUGUUACCCUGGGUGCCAGGAGAGGCCAGUGAUAAGUGGAAGGGUGCAUCUCCACAGAGCAAGUGGCACCAGAAACCAGUGGCUUUAUAGAAGCAGACAUCCAGGAGGUCACAGCUAUGCUUUGGGAUUUGAGAUGGUAACCCAACUUGUCCUCCGCUUUGUCAAAGCACUUACUCUCCUAAACUAGGAUCAGUCCAUUCAUUUGCAAACUGUUACGUGGUAUAAAUUGCUCUGGUUCUUGGACUGUGGCUGUCGUGGGGGUGGGGCUCCAAGGCCAUCAUCUGUGUUGCAUGACUCUAGGAGCCGUGGAGUUCCUCAUCCAGAUCAGCUGCCUUUUUUUGGUGGGGCCCUUUUUUGGCUUUGGAACCAAAAGCAGCCACUCAUUUGGUGCUUCCUCUUGUUCAUCCUCCUCCCCUCAACUGUUAAUGGCAUCUGUCUUCUGGAUCCCACGCUCUUCAGCUUUCUGGCUGAUUUGGAGAACAGUGACAGGUGCCUGCCUGCCUUCAUCCCCUUUUAGAUUCAUUUAUACCACAGAUGUUUCCGUGAAAUAUUGAGCUCAUAAAAAAGCCUUAGGCUUGGCAGGAAGACUCAACACCCCCAGCCUAUCCUGAGGCACCGAGUAGAUGUCUCCUCCUGAGUGAGCUGGACUCCCUGGGAAAGAAGCAUUGUCUGGAACAUUAUAUUAUAGGAAAUGUACCAGGAAUGUUAAUAAUAAUGUCUUUGGGGGGGAGGGGACUUUCUUUUAUUUCUUUUUUUUUUCAAAUAUUGUUUGUAUAUUUAGAGCUGGGCCAUUUUUCAUGCUGUGAUUCCCUCUCUGACCAUUUUC